GCCCCCACAUAAGGGCCCGAGCCCGCUGCCCGGCCUUCCUCACUCCCGGGAGCUCAGCGCAACCACAGCCGCAGCCAUGAAGUGCCUCCCGCUCGCCCUGGGCCUGGCCCUCGUGUGUGGCAUCCAGGCCAUCGUCGUCCCCCAGACCACGAGGGCCCUGGAUAUAAGAAAGGUGGCUGGGACGUGGCACUCCAUGGCCAUGGCGGCCAGCGACAUCUCCCUCCUGGACGCCGAGACCGCCCCCCUGAGGGUGUACGUCCAGGAGCUGAGACCCACCCCCGAGGACAACCUGGAGAUCAUUCUGCGCAAAUGGGAAAACAGUGCAUGCGUUGAGGGGAACAUCAUGGCCCAGAAGACUGAGGACCCAGCCGUGUUCACGGUCGACUACCAAGGGGAAAGAAAGAUUUCCGUGCUGGACACAGACUACGCCCACUACCUGUUCUUCUGCAUGGAGGCCCCCGCGCCCACCGCUGAGAGCAGCAUGAUGUGCCAGUCCCUGGCCAGGACCCUGAAGGUCGACAACCAGGUCAUGGAGAAAUUCAACAGAGCCCUCGAGACUCUGCCCGUGCACAUCUGGCUCUUCUUCAACCCGACGCAGGUGGAAGGUGAUCACCGCCACUCCCCACGUCCCCACUUGCACUCCGCGUGGGGCUCACCCACCAGACAGCCACGAGCGCCGGGCCCAGCCAUCUCCCACGGUCCCAGAGACGACAUCGCCCCCUCCCUCCCCCAUCAGAGGAAUCAGGAGGGACCGAGCCCCAGGUCCUGUGGGACCCGCUCCUCCAGGGGACGGGGUCCUCGGGGCGCCAGCCUGAGGUGCUCUGCUCUGAGCCACUUCUCCUCCAGCAAUAAAGAACUCAACCAGCCAGCAGUCCGUCUGGGUCUUUCUUGGUCGAUGCGUGCAGGCUGCGUGGCUCGAGGGCCCCAUCCGUGUCGUCGUGAAUGUCGAGAUUUCACUCUUCGUUGUGGAUGAGUAGUAUUCCACUGGGUGUAUGUACAUCACAUCUUUAUCCAUUCUACGGAAGGAUGCAGGCAGCUGCUGUGUCUUGGUUGUUAAAUUGAUGCUGCAGUGAACAUGGGGGGGAAGAUAUCUUUUCAAAUCAGUGUUC